AUGGAUAAGUCUUGGAUAACUAAGCCUCAAAAUACAGUUGAAUACUCAAUUGGUUUAGAAAAAUUCUUAGAUUUUGCUUUUGAGAAUGGAGCUUCUGGAGACACAAUUCGAUGUUCAUGCCCCAAAUGUGGGUUUGUGAAAUGGCAAACUAGAGGCAUAGUUGAAGAGCACUUGAUUUUAAAACAAUUUCCCAUAAAUUAUGUUAUUUGGAAUCUUCAUGGUGAAAGGCAAAGACAAGAUAUUUCUAGAAAUGAAGAUGAGUCACAAGAGGCAUUUCAUUUUGAAAAUGCAAUGGAAACAGUGAUAAAUGAAGCAGUUGGACAUUAUAGGCAAGAAGGUACUAAUACAGGCAGAUCACAACCAUUGGGUGAAGAUGAUGUUAGUAAUGAAAGGCCAAGGGAGAAUCAUAAUGAAUUUAAUGAGUUUCUCAAUGAUGGAAAUCAAAUAUUGUGUGAUGGGAGCAAGUACACAAAAUUAGAAUUUGUAAUCAAAUUAUAUCAUAUCAAGGUUUUGUGUGGAUUAAGUGACAAGGCAAUGACUAUGAUCCUAGAUUUGCUAAGAGAUGCAUUUAGUGAAGCAAAGUUGCCUCUUUCUUUUUAUGAGGCUAAGAAAAUCAUCAACAAACUUGGUCUUAACUAUACCAAAAUAGAUGCAUGUCCGAAUCAUUGUAUGUUAUAUUUAAGAGAUGAUGAAAAAGAUUUGCAAACAUGCAAACAUUGUGGUACAUCUAGAUGGAACCCAAAGAAGAAAAAAAAGCAACCUACAAAAGUUUUACGUUACUUUCCUUUGAAACCAAGAUUGCAAAGAUUGUUUAUGUGCUCUAAGACUGCAAAGCAUAUGAGAUGGCAUUCUUCAGAGAACAAGGAUGGAGUUAUAAGGCAUCCAAGGGAUGGUGAGGCAUGGAAGACAUUUAUUGUAAUGCAUCCUGAAUUUGCUUUAGAUCCUCGAAAUGUUCACUUAGGCCUUGCCAGCCUACAAAAGUUUUACGUUACUUUCCUUUGA